AUGGGUGACAGAGAGACAGAAGCUCAAGUUGACAAGACUGCUAUGAUAACCUAUAUGGGUGCGAUCAUGCAGCUUGAUGUCGAGAUUGAGGCGGCACAAGCGGAAGCCGACGCCAUCGAGGAAGAGCUGCUGAUCGUCAACAAUUUGAUGAUGACGAUAGACUCGGUGACCGAACGAAGCGUCAACAGAGAUAGAUGGUCGUUCUCUCGCCGGACGAGGUGGUUUGAGGAGACUGUGCCAUUGCUUGGUGAGAAGUUUUUCAAACGUGCAUUCCGCGUAACGCCGGCGACUUUUCGCUACAUCGUGGACGCCGUGAGACCGCUGCUCGAGCGUCAGAACACGAACAUGCGUGAAGCCAUCACGCUCGAUAAACGUGUCGCGAUUGGCUUGUACCGGUUGUGUUCUUCAGCUGAAGACCGUAGUGUCGCCGAAUUGUUUGCUGUGGGACGCUCAACCGUCAACGUGGCCUACAGAGAGUUGUGCGAGGCUGUUAUCCACACUAUGGAGGCGGAGUGGAUCAAGAUGCCCACAGGUUCAAGCAUGGCCGAGCACAUUCGCGAGUUCACGGCCACGUUGGAAUUCCCGCAAGCCAUAGGAGCACUAGACGGGUGCCAUUUCCCCGUUUCACCGCCCAGGGAGAGCGCCACCGACUAUAGGAACUAUAAAGGAUGGAUGGAGUGCAACAUCGACAAUGCCCGCCUUGUCAUUCGUGCCUGCUGUGCUCUGAACAAUGUGUGCGAACAUUUUGGUGACACUGUGCUCCAACACUGGUUGGUCGAGGCUCAAAACAAUGAUGGCGGCCUCCAUCAGCCUGACCACAGCACAGAUGCUGAGGAAGGCACAGGCAGUGAUGUGGGAGCAGCUCUUGUCAGGCACUUCCAGCAGAGCUGA